AUGGCCAUAAAUGAGAAUAUCAGUCACACAAACAACAAGGUUAAGAGACAGUGUCCAUUGAAUAGGAAUUUGAACAAUGAGUUCAUCCGUGAAAGUGUUACUUCUGAAUGCGAGAGUUCUGUGCAGUUCGUAGAAGCUCCCAUUUGGCCGAUGACCAGCGACCCACAAAGCCCAGGUACAAUACUGGUUCCAGCCACGCCCACGCCGGCUCCCAUUUGGCCAAUGACCAGCGACUCGCAAAGCCCAGGUACAAUACUGGUUCCUGCCAUGCCCAGGCACGAGCGCGCUACGCUCCCGAGGAAUGACAUCAGCCAUCAUUCUUCACCAAAGAUUCCCAGUCACCCGACUACCCUAAUUGCUGUCCUGACUACCCCUACUGCUGUCCCUACCACGUCAACGCCUGCCGCGCGCCUGCAGAACAAUAUUAGCCCCGUCUUCACCCCGUCCAUUCACCCGCGGACGACCAAUAUUCAUGAGUCUUCAUCGAAGGCUCCCAUUAGGCCCCGUAUACCGGGCAACCAAUUAACUCCUCCCACGCUCACAUCUCCUCCAUGGACAAUUGACACCUGGGUAACGCAACUGCGGCUACCUGAAUGGCUGUUUUCACGACAACUCGAAAUACCGCUGUUCCAUGUGAUUGUUGUAGGGAGAAACCUUUCCCCAGAGGAUGUCGCAAAGAAGUUAAGUUUCGACGGAGAGGGUGAUCACGGAAACCUCAUCCUGCCCCUUCUCACCUGGCUACCUGGUGGCCACAUUUCUGCAAACGACUCGACCGCAAAACAGUUUGAUGAGGACGCGGAUAUUACUCCUACAGAAAUGGCAACGCGACCCGACGUUGACAAAGUUAUGGAGGAGGCAUACAAAAACAUUAUGUUAAGUCCAACCGGGUCCGCGGAGGACUUGACGAUGCUCAACCAGAUCAAAGCGCAAAAUUGGGAGAGACGUCUCUACAUACCAUUUCAGAGUGCGUUGAGUGUUCCGCCAAUCCAGUCAUCGGAGGAUGUUGAAAGGAAGUAUCCACCGCAAACUUCUCAUCAAAAGCGACUCGCUCCAUGGUUACCUUGCGUCGGACAACCUUGUAGAACGACAUCUGCCGACGAUGACUGGGAGGCCAUACAGAUGUCGGAGGAGCUACUGGAAAAAUUUCAGCGAAGCCUCGCGGCGGUGCAAGUAGCUCUAAGUAAGAAAAGUGUGCUAGCUAUACAAUAUCCAGAGACGUUAGAAAUUCCAUGGAUGCUUCCUUGCGCAAAUUGCAAGGCUAAUGACGACGGCCGCACACCGUUGACUUGCGUGUACAACCCGAAGAGCAAGGGCUCUGAUACAAAGAAGUCACUUCUCGCGUUGCCCCUCGACGAUGGAAUGUCUCCUAUCAGCCAUCUCGAAGACAUGGACAUGUCGUCGCUGUCCGCGGAGGAUCUGAGGGAAGUCCAGAUGACUUGCGCGCAGCUUACUUGCCCGGUGGCUGAACAUCAAAUGCAGUUGAUUGAGGUGCGGGAUGUGAUGGACGUCAAGCUGUCAUGA